AUGGCGCAACAACUAGACUCCACCGUCGAUGUUCUAAGCGUAGACGAUUUUUACUUUUCUGCUCUAUUCGACGACGAUCAAAACGACAUGGUCCCUAUUUCAGACGACAAGUACGCUGAAGAGUUGCAGUUUCAGGAGACCCUCAUGGCCUCUGUCAUCGCUUCCCAAAUCACCACCAAAGCCUUAUCAUCAUCACCAAUCCUCUGCUUAACAUCAUCAUCAUCAUCGAUGCCGUCUUCAUCGAAGGCCGUUGAAAUAACCCUUUCUCCCAAACCAGAGCAAAUAGGGUUGAUGACCGAAGAAGCCGGUGAACCAUGUUCGUCGCUCAUCCUAUGCGAGAUCUGUGCCGAAGCAAAAGAGACUGAUGAGAUGUUUAGAAACCAGAGAUGCGACCACUCUUUCUGCUCCCAGUGUGUGAUCAAACAUGUGGCCACCAAAAUCCAAGACAAGAUAACGGUUGUUUCUUGUCCCGGUUUGAACUGCAAGGGUGUGUUGGAAGUGGACGCUUGCAUGGCAAUGCUUCCAAAGGAACUUCUUGAUAGGUGGAGCGAUGCACUGUGUGAGGCUCUUUUUCUUACGGCUCACAAAUUCUAUUGUCCUUUCAGGGACUGUUCUGCUAUGCUUCUGGUUGAUGGUGAAGGGGGAAAAGAUAUAAGGGAAUCUGAAUGCCCUUUUUGCCAUAGACUCUUCUGUGCGAGGUGUUAUGUUCCUUGGCAUGCUGGGGUUGGGUGUGAGGAGUUUGAGACACUGAAUGAGGAUGAGAGAGGGAGGGAAGAUUUGCUUGUUAGAGAGUUUAUUAAUAAGAAGAAAUGGAGUAGGUGUCCCCAAUGCAAGUUCUUUGUCGAAAAGACUGAAGGCUGUUUGCACAUCACCUGCAGGUGCCAAUUUGAGUUUUGCUAUGCGUGUGGGGAACAAUGGACUUCUACUCAUGGGGGAUGCCAGGGAGAAUAGAUUUUGAAGAUAUCGUGGUAAUUGGUGUGGAAUGGAUAAUCGCUGUUAUUUCAAUUGCCAUCAGAUAGAUUUUUCGUUAUUGUUUGUGUGGAAUCUAGAAGUGUCACUUUUUUGCAGCUAAGGAAAACGUAAUGUUAGCAUGUCUAAUUUGAAGUUGGUGCUUAUAAUUUGGUGGAAGA